CUCGAGGUACRACAACGGCAACGAAUACAUCAGAUUACGUUCAAACACAGCACUACCAUGUACAGCCGCGAUGUCGGCGUCGGCAUCGACGACUACAGAGACGAAGAAGAGGCCCGGAGAACGGUGCUGAAAGCCACACAGACCCUGAAUCGGUGGAACCGUAGAKCGCAGGGCACCGCGAAGGCCCCCUUGCACAGCAACACGAAUAAUGCCAAUGGAGCCASCAACGAUACCAGGGAGGGCCUCCUGUCGCAAGAGAGCGACGAAACAGAAAUCUACGUCGUCUACCAGAAAUACGGAUACUGCAGCAUUUUCUUCUCCGUGGUCCAAACGAUCGUUCUGGUCGCCAUGAUGGCACAGUGCGGCGUCGCACCCAUGAACAUCAAUCCCAUGAUUGGGCCCUACCCAGACGCACUCAGCGAAUGGGGUGCCAAGAACACCGUUCUGAUUCUAGAGGACGACGAGUGGUGGCGCCUCCUGACGCCCAUUUUGCUGCACGCGGGUGUCAUCCACCUGGCCUGUAACCUGAUGGUGCAGAUCGAUACGGGCGCCUUUUUCGAGCGAGAAUGGGGGAGCGUCAACUGGCUCAUCAUAUAUCUGGUGUCGGCGGUGGGGUCCAGCGCCCUAUCGGUCGUGGCCAUGCCGGACGCCAUCAGCGUCGGAUCCUCGGGCGCCGUGAUGGGCCUCUUCGGGGGCAAGGGRGCAGAGGUCAUCUGCCGGUGCUGCGAGAAGGAAUCGACGGACCAGGACCGCAUCGCCCACCAGGUCCGGAAGGAGCAAUGCGCCGGGGUCAUGUGCAGCGUCACCRUCGUCAUGCUCUUUUCCUUCAUCCCCUACGUCGACUGGGCGGCCCACCUUGGAGGRCUGGUGGCGGGUUUUUGCGUAGGGAUGAUUCUCUUUUCGGCSAACCUCAAGAAGGCGCGSUGCUCGAAGCUCUUUUGGCUCCUGAUCGGAGUGGGAAUCACGAUUACGUAUUUUGCCGUGGUCUUUGAGCGGAUGUACUCGGGCGAGAUAGAAACCGCGGAAGAGCUCCGGGACGUCUGCAAGUACUACCGAGAGAACUUUGAGGACUACGAGUGCAACUGCCAGCGAAACGGUGACUGAGCAKCAGUUUUCACUGAGACCCGGUCAWCACGUUUACGGCAUCGAGUGGGCGCGUUGCAAGAAAAGGUUGGUUGGUUCCGAGAGAGGGACACAAAGAUUUACCAGCAGUACAACAKUUUCAAUCGGACAAUGGGCGCUUUCAUGCGUCUAAUGCAAUAWUUGUGGCGCUUGUUGGAAAAACAUCCAAAACGCAUCGGGUUGCAUUGCGUCUCGUUUCGUUGGAUCUCGUUUCCCAYUUCGAAACUCGUUUCCUCGUCUUUUCCCACAAAUGCAUGAUCUUCAUCAUGUGGGUAAUAUACAGCAAUAGGUUCGUGGCUCUGCGAGCUUGGGAUUCGGUUUGCAUUGGACUGAACACCCAUUUGCAUCAACAGGCAAUACAAUAAAAUAAUAGAAGUAAUUCAUAAAGAAGCCAGUGUAACACAGAGAUCGCUAUGCUUCCAAUUGCUGUAGUAGGGAUUGUUUGAAGGCUGCUCCACAGGCUGGACAACAAUCACGAGUAGCUAGUGARUGAAUAAAGGACGCGCUCAGCUUUCUGAUUCUGACUUACUUUGAUAGGCCCUUAACCCCAAACGGUCUCUUACCCCGCAUGGCCACCUUCUACUUCCAAAAAGGACUGCAAUGAAAAAUCUGACUUCAUCGUUGUUGCUUCGUUUUCGUACUGUACCUACGAGUGUCGCAGGGUACUGACGUGUAGUAACAUUCUCGAAGCUGCAGCAGCAUCAGUAAAUCGUAAAUCCUAAAUCCUGUUGGAUGGUGAAUUCGAUUGCGGAUCUGUUACUCUGWUCUCCUUUCGCACCUAAUCGUUUGGACCCAAGACCAACAAUCGACAAUCGACAACAAAUCGACCAUGUGUUCUAUCCGUGGUCCCCUUGUCACGAGCGCCRUUGCCAUGCUCGCCCUAUGCCAAAAGACUUCGCAUGCCCUAGUCACUAGUGCCCGCCGACCAGGCUUGCAGUGCCGGCCUUCACGCUCGACCCUGGUGGCGUUGCGGGGRGGCAGCAGCAGCACCRUGGCCGAGGUCCCGACCGAAACGGAAUCUUCGCCCGCUACCGCGAGCGAUGUCUACCAAGAACUUCUUGCCAAGCUGGAAACCAUCACACACCUAGGUAUGUACCUGACCUUUUCUAAAGGAACAAACACAUAAUGCGGSGGAUGCCGUUGUUCCUAGGCGGAUCMAAACCRCCGUUGCGUCGMACCAAGCCUGUGCUCCCCCCAUAUCUCAAAACCRCAAUACUCACCCGCUGCUUUGGUGUCUCCGAAUCUCACGUGGUAAAUGUUUGUAACGAUCUUUGCUUCGCUUCCCUUUGCCCUGCGAAGAACGGGCGAGCUCGGUGCUGAGCUACGACCAGCUCGUCUUCAUGCCGUCCUCGGCCGCCGCCGACCGGGGAGCACAGAUKUCGGCGCUUGCCGGCGUCAUCCACGAGCAAAAAACCGACCCGGCCCUCAAGGCCGUCCUCGAUCGCGUCCUGGAGCUCGAGAAGAAGGCCCCGGAGCUGGACGCCGACGCCAUGCGAUUGGUCGAUCUCGAGCGAAAAGACUUUGUGGAGAACGAACGGGUUCCGGCGGCCCUGGCCGCAAAGGCGGCCGGCCUGUCCGCGUCGGCCUAUAGCGACUGGGUAGCGGCCAGGGAAGCCAAGGACUAUGAGGCCUUUGCGCCGACCCUGCAGGAGUGCUUCGACACCGCUAUGGAAACCGCCAGGGCGAAACGGGGGGAGACCGACGAGGAAGCAACGAAAACCCUGUACGAUCAGAUGCUAGACCAGUUCGAGGUGGGCAUGGGACAGGCGAGAAUCGACGAAAUCUUUGGAGAGGUGCAAUCCAAGCUGGUCCCCCUGAUCGCGCGGGUGCUGUCGUCCCCCUCMAAGCCGUCGGCGGAGCCCCUCGAGGGAAGCUUUGACAUUGCAAAGCAGCAGCAGCUUUCGGAAAAGCUCGUCAAGGCGAUCGGAUACGACAACGAACAGGGCCGAAUCGAUGUUUCCGUGCACCCCUUUUCUUCCUCGAUGAGCGCGAAGGACGUUCGAAUCACGUCCCGCUUCCGCGAGGACGAGUGGUACCAGGGACUGGCGGGAUCCAUCCACGAGGGCGGGCACGCCAUCUACGAACAGAACCUAGUCCCGUCGGCGAUUAGCAUCGACAAGGCGCUUUCGAUGGGAACCCACGAGUCGCAGUCCUUGUUCUGGGAACGACACAUCGGCCUCUCCAAAUCCUUCUGGAAGUUUGCCCACCCGAGCCUCCCGGACCUCGAUACGUCUUUCGAAACCUACACCCCGGACGAGGUCUACGGCGCCGUCAACAGCGUCAGGAAUUCCUUCAUCCGCGUCGAGGCCGACGAGCUUACCUACCCGCUCCACGUCAUCCUAAGAUACAACAUCGAGAAGGACGUCAUCGGUGGUAAGCAAGAUGUCGCCGGUCUCUCGGAACGAUGGAACAAGGACAUGAAGACCCUGCUCGACGUCGACGUGCCAUCGGACGACCUUGGUGUGCUGCAAGACGUCCAUUGGAGCGCCAUGGCCUUUGGUUACUUUCCUACCUACCUCAUUGGAGCGAUCGCCGCCGCCCAACUGUACCACUACUGYGAGAAGGACCUGCCGGACAUCGAAUCGAAGAUCGAGAACGGGGAAUUCCAGCCGAUCAAGGAAUGGCUGACCGCCAAGGUCCACAAGCACGGGAGGCGAUAUCCAUCCCUCGAUAGCAUGUUCCAAGACCAAUUGGGAGAGCCUCUGAAUGCCAAGUACUACAUUGACUAUCUGACGUCCAAGUACGAAGACUUGUAUCAACUCGAUCAAAAAUAAACAUUCGAAAWUWUUKWYUUUUU